AUGGAUUUUACUCAGAAGUUCUAUCAGACUUAUUUACAGAGUUUUGAAAGCACCAUUUGGUACAACUAUCCAAGAUUUAUGAGAUACCCGCCCACACUCAGAUACCCGCCGACACUCAGAUACCCGCCCACACUCAGAUACCCGCCCACACUCAGAUACCCGCCCACACUCAGAUACCCGCCCACACUCAGAUACCCGCCCACACUCAGAUACCCGCCCACACUCAGAUACCCGCCCACAUUCAGAUACCCGCCCACACUCAGAUACCCGCCCACAUUCAGAUACCCGCCCACACUCAGAUACCCAUCCACACUCAGAUACCCGCCGACACUCAAAUAUCUACCCACACUCAGAUACUCGCCCACACUCAGAUACCCGCCCACACUCAGAUACCCGCCCACACUCAGAUACCCAUCCACACUCAGAUACUCGCCCACACUCAGAUACCCAUCCACACUCAGAUACCCGCCCACACUCAGAUACCCGCCCACACUCAGAUACCCGCCCACACUCAGAUACCCGCCCACAUUCAGAUACCCGCCCACACUCAGAUACCCGCCCACACUCAGAUACCCAUCCACACUCAGAUACUCGCCCACACUCAGAUACUCAUCCACACUCAGAUACUCGCCCACACUCAGAUACCCAUCCACACUCAGAUACCCAUCCACACUCAAAUAUCUGCCCACACUCAGAUCUAUGGUGCCAAUAGAGUGGUUUAAGAACCCAGAUGAUCUUAUUAUUGAUAGGGAUAUAAUUGAUGUUUCUGGUCUGGAAUCAGUUCAAGCCGACAGGUAUAUGCAGGCCUGUGGGGUCUCUGAAGCCACGAUGUCCUACACCCCUGAGAUUCCUGACGGAAAUGGCUUUGCAGAG